GGGAGAUUCCGCAAUGCUGAAGUCAUCUAAAAUGACCAAAGAAGCUGCUGCAAUGUUUGGACGCCCAUUCUGAAAUGUUGUUGGACUCGCAGAUCUGAUGAGCAGCAUUGGCUUCAGGGAUGUUUACGUCAAACGAUUCAGAUGGCCAACGAAAUCAUGGGUUCAUCUCUGCCAAUGCCGGUGUUGGUAUACACGUCAGCAGGGGCCUUGUGGGCCGGUACGAAGCUCAAUAAUCUUGGUAUUGAACUGCGUAUAUCUAUGUAAGGAGGAAGUUGGUGGGCGUAGCCCACGAUUCCUCCGUUGGGUGUAAGUAGGUGGAAGGGCCGUUUGCAACGGCCCAGACCACCUUCCAAAUCCACCCUUUUCUGCCGUCAAUAUUCC